ACAACGAUAAGAGAGAGUCACAAAGCAACCAUGGCAAAUGUCAACAUUUGAGAAAUAUGGAUUGAGAAUGGAUUGGUUUCACUGCAACCAGUGUUUCCGAAAAGAUGGGGCCCAUUUCUUUGUCACCAAUUGUGGCCAUAUUUUCUGUAAAAAGUGUGUGACUCUUGAAAAAUGUGCUGUUUGUGGUACUCCUUGCAAGCAUCUGGCUCUUUCUGAUAAUCUGAAACCUCAGGAGAAGAUGUUCUUCAAAAGCCCUGUAGACACAGCUUUGCAGUGUUUUAGUCACAUCUCUCAGGUCUAGUAAGCAGUUCCUACAACUGGUGGAUGUCCUGGGGAGCUUUAUCAUCUUUCUCUACAGAUAUAUGCAUCUUUUAAAAAUUGUUUUGAAUAUAUAGAACUGACCCUGC